UCCUACUUCAAGGGACUCGCUUUGGGAGGAACUUCAGUAAAGUUCGUGUGCGAGGUCAUAUUGCAGCCCAUAUAUAAACUCACCAGUGGUCUUCAAUCGCAUACAGUAGGCCUGCCUCGAGUAUGUUGAAGAGGACAACAAAUAUCAUCUUCGAUAGUACGACCUGCUGAAAAGUAAUCCAUAUCAGUACACAAAAUGGAUUUCCAGAGGCUCCUCCUAGAUGUAGGGAAGGCCCUGAGUGAGGACGAGGUAAGAGCUUUAGCAUUUCUUUGCACUGACUUCCUGGGCCGUAAUCCGACCUCAAUGAAGUCGGCCAGUAAUCUCUUCUCCCGUCUGGGGGAACAAGACCACCUCUCUGCUGAGCGACCACACCUGCUGAGUGAGCUUCUCCUCAUCAUCCAACGCACCCGACUGAUACGUGACCAUGAGCUCUUCGAAGGAGCAUCUACAACCACGAGCCUCAUCUCACCUUACAGGAAGCUGCUUUACAACCUGUCUGAAGACAUUACUGAUGCUGACUUGAAAGAUAUGAAGUUCUUGUUAGACAAAAAUCUUCCACGCAGAAAACUGGAGGAAAAUGUUUCUACUCUUGAAGUCUUCAUGGAGAUGGAGCACAUGGACCUCAUCAAUGACAAUAAUCUUAAUUUACUGGAGAACAUCAUCGAAGAAGUCUGUCCCAUGUUGAAAGAGAAGAUCAGACAGUUUAAAGCACUGCAGGUAACUCAGAGCAGCCCUGUAGCUCAAGAAACAGGUCGACCAAGGUCUAUGUCGUACCCUUUUGCAUCAAACCAGAUCCAUCCAGAGAGGACUGCCUCGUGUGAAAUGCCAGAAGAUUUCGAACCAUUGGCUGAGUCUAACAUGAAUUAUUCCAACACCUCCAUGGAUUUGCAACAUGUGUUUAGUGGUGGAGAUGACAGUGAUGCCCUGUCACUUGGAAAUAGUAGUUUGAACACUGAAACAAGCCGCUGUGCCUCCUCGAAAGGUCACGUGAAGAAUGAUGCUUUGGAAAUGUCGCUGUCUCAAGAAAACGAGGCCUCCUCUGAAACACAGACGCCUCAGACUACAAACACAAACAGUGAGGUUUUGGGAACGUAUCCCAUGACUUCAGCCCAGAGGGGUAUUUGCUUGAUAGUAAACAACUACGACUUCACUAAAUCCAUGCAUUUUAAAAAAAAGCGGGAGGGGACAAUGCUCGAUGAAGAGUGUCUGCGCAAAGUGUUUACGUGGCUUGGCUUUGAGGUGGAGAUAAAGAGGGACUGUGAGCAGAAGGAGAUGCUGUCUGUGUUGUGGGAGCUCGGCAGGAGAAACCACAGUCAGAUGGACUGUCUGGUAUGCUGCAUUCUCAGCCACGGCAAGGAGGGAUGUGUGUACGGUGUGGACGGCCACACCGUCGAGAUUCAGGAGAUGAAGGAACCUUUCAACGGGUUAAAUUGCCCCUCUUUGGCAGAAAAACCCAAGAUGUUCUUCAUCCAGGCCUGCCAGGGCACCGAGGAGCAGAGGCCUGCCACCAUUUGUGCUGAUGGUCCUGAACGUAGUCCUGUUUGCAGCGAUGCUUUAAUAGCUAAUGAUUCCAUCCCAUCCGAUGCAGAUUUCCUGCUGGGAAUGGCCACCGUUCCGUCUUUUGUCUCUUUCAGAGAGACGACUAAUGGCUCGUGGUUUAUUCAGUCGUUGUGCCAAAACCUUGUCCAGUUGGUGCCGAGGAGUUGUGACCUUGUGUCUAUCCUCACCAAAGUAAAUGCGGAUGUCAGCCAGAUGACUGCUCGAUUCAAGUACGGUGCAAGAAAGCAGAUGCCUCAACCAGCGUUCUCUGUCAGGAAGAUUGUGGUCUUUCCGAUCCCUGAAGCUCCUCCUCCAAGCCUGUCACACAGAUGACAAUAAUCUGCCACCUGUUUGAAAGAUCAGAUGAUCCCUGAGACACAAGUUUUUUUUCUUACAUUACAUGUUUCACAAUUAUAAUUCGGCUGGAAACAUUGUUAUAUAGCAGCAUCUAAAUUAAUAAUUUGUUUAUGACAACACCUGAGAAAGCUCAAUUUACUAUUUUUAUUGCACCUUGUUAUGUGGCUAAAAGCUCAGAAAAAGCUUGUAAGUGGACCUUCAGGUGAUGAGCUCGAUACAUUUGUCAGAAUUUUUCUUAAUUUUAUACCUAGCAUGAUAAAUGCCUUUUACACACAAGUUCCGCUCCCUUCCUCUCUUCAGAACUUUAAUGGUGAACUUCAAUGAACUGUUUGAGCUAAUCAUUCACAUUGAUCCAGAUGUUAGUGCAACAGACAACAUCCUCUUCAUUAUUUCUACUUUAUUUUAAAUGUACUUUUAAAAAUCAAUGUGAUGGUAUUAUUGUUGCCAUUGUCCCUUAAUAUCAUUGUAUACAAACGAAAUCCAUGAAAUCUUUGAAGCAGUUCAAAUACAGCAUUUUUUUUUUAUAAAUGAUGCAAUAAAUUGUAUAUGCGCUGCCAUUACGAAACUAUUUUGUAUUUCCAUUCAUU